GUUGACCGUUGGUCAGCGGUUAUAGUCGACGGUUGACCGCCAACGGGCGCCGUCAACUGGCCACCUGAGGCUACCUACUUGAGUGCCCAGGUCAGUAAGUAGGUAGGUAGGUAGGUGGGCAACCUGGGUUAGUACCUAGGUAGGUUCGUUCCUAGAUACCUACUUAGGUAGGUAGGUAGGAACUAGAACCAUGCCCCCUGUCAUUUAGUUCCCCCCAUCCCCUUUCACUUUCCCGUCGUCCUUCCUCGUUCUCGUCCAUGUCCAUGUCCAUGUCUAUUGUCCAACAUCCAACCCAUCCCGAUAGACGGCGGAACUUGCCUACCAGCCUGCCAGCCAGUACUCCAAGCGCUUUUUCCUUUUCCAUGCCACGCUAAUAACAGGCGUGUAGCACCGCACCACUGCACCACCGCAGCACGCACAACCCAGCCUCCUGACUGCAAUAAUUAGGCCCAUCCCACCAAAGACUCACCACUUACCAUUUACCACUCACCACUCACUCACUCACUCACUCGCUGCAACAACGCGCCCCCGUCUUGCCGCCCCUUCAACCUCGUCCAGCUGCUUCGCCGAGCCACAGACUGACUGCAUGACCCCGUGCGCCUGAGGAACUCCAGCCCAACGCCAGCUUCUCACUGCCCUAUCCUGCGGCCGCUGCCCGCGCGUCGCAUCAUCCGGAGCACCCGCCCUGCGCCGCCCUGCCUGCUCCCUCUGUUUCUAAGCUGGCCACACCUGAUCUUUCACCUCCCUGUCCUGUCCACGCACGGGAUGUGAGAUAGUAAUAAACCAUGGACCCUCUCCACAAGACCGACUCGGCCAUCUCGGUCGCGUCCAAAGACAAUGGUGUCUACGAUGAACCCGCGGCCUCUCACCACCACCAACAGCCACCUUCCAAGAGGCCCAGGACGGAUGACGGCUCCCCACGCCCCGACAACUUCCGCCAGCCGUCGCCUACACCACAGUCUGCAGCUCCCCGCCUUCAGUCUUUGCCUCCAGUUACACGACCAUCCGUUCCACCCACCAUAGAGAAUCUUCUUGCCCCAAUUGAGCCUUCUCCACCACCACAACAGGCCCAUGCGAGCCCGCGCCAACCCCCUCAUCAUGAGCAUGUCACGCCCUCCUCCCCCGUGGCCCCAGAGCAGUCCCUACCAGGUCGACAAGAUCCAUGGAUGUCUACCGAAACCCAACAUCCUUACUCAACACGCCCGGGCGACGAACCCGCUGCCGCUGCCGCUGCCGCUGCCGCUGUCCAGUAUGACCAAGACUCUGUGCGGCAGGCAGGCGACGGCAACAUUGUUGUCGACGAGGACGAGCUGGAAUCCGACCCGGGCUACGAGUCUGAUCGGGCCAGCUUCGCCUCGACCUCUCUGUCCAGCAGCGCACGGGACUACCUGUUUGAGAACGGACGGCGCUAUCACAGGUUCAGGGAAGGCAGGUACAACUUCCCCAACGACGAGGCCGAGCAGGACCGGGAGGACAUGAAGCACGCCUGCGUCAAGAUGCUAUGCCAGCAGCUCUACUUCGCACCACUCGACGAGCGCAGCGUGCAGAACGUGCUCGACAUUGGCACGGGGACGGGCAUAUGGGCUAUCGAGAUGGGAGACCAGCUUCCUGCGGCCAACGUCGUCGGCAUCGACCUCAGCCCCAUCCAGCCGGACUGGGUGCCCUCAAACGUGCACUUCGUGGUCGAUGACGCCGAGAGCGAAUGGCUUUACCCAGAAGACCAUUUCGACUAUGUGCAUUCGAGGCACACGGUCAUGGCGAUCAAGGAUUGGCCAAGGCUGUACAAGCAGGCCAUGACGCAUCUGAAGCCUGGCGGCUGGAUUGAAUCACAGGAGAUCUAUCACUACCCCAUCUCGGCCAAUAACUCGAUGGCACCGGACCAUCCCAUCGCGCAGUACUGGGGGCUGAUCAAGGACGGACUGGCGAACCUGGGGGUUGACUUCCACGCGGCGGCAGGUGGCAAGAUCGCAAACGCGAUGCACGAGGCCGGCUUUGUCAACAUUCACGAGCGUGUGCUCCACGUGCCUCUCGGGACCUGGGCCAAGCACCCUAACCUGAAGAUGGUAGGAGAGUACUGGAGGCAGGUCCUGCUGGACGGCGCACAAGCCAUCGCCCUGGGCCCGCUGACCCGAGGCUGCGGGUGGACCCGGGACCAGGUGGAAGUCUUCCUCGUCGAGGUGAGGAAGGCGUAUUUUGACAACAGCGCGCUGAUGUACAUGCCGAUGCACAUAGUAUGCGGGCAGAAGCCCGGACAUGGACUCUAGAGGCGGGGCGAGGCGGGGCGGGACGGGACGGGACGGGACACCAUAUCAUACUGGGCACGGUGGGCACCUGUCUUGGGGAGCGGGUUUCUGCCCUGGUGAGCCCUGGUGAGCCCUGGUGAGACCAGGCGGCUGGAAGCUUGGGCGCCAGUGCAGGUUGCUCGCCGGUUACUGGUCCUGACGGGCUCCCAGAGGGUAGUAUGCAGCUGUUAGGGCUCGUCCGCGCGGGUAGCGUCCGAUCAGAUAGAUCAUAGGCACUAUUACCGAUGCCAGCCGCCUAGCGGCCCCAUAACGAAAUGACACGAACGUGUGGGAAACGUCCUGGCUGGCCGGUGAGCUGCUGAGGGGUGUUUAGUCAAGAUGCUGGCUGACAUGGCGGCUGACUCCCACGGGAGGGGACCCGACAAGUCGGGACAGCGACGCCUCGGGUGAGAUGCCCGACCCAGCCACGACCAAUCGCUAAAGUGAUGUGGUUCAAAAUCUCACACUGGCGGUUCCAUGACGUGCAGUACGGG